GACCACCUGGCCCUGGACAAACAUGGAACUCAUUUCUUUGUUAGCUUUAGUCACCAUCCCGGAACUCAUCCAUUCUAUAGGUUUGCCAAACCAGCACCAGACGGCCUGUGAGCACUCCCUAAACAACGCAAUACACCUGAGGUGUCCUUGUGGUAAAGUCCUGUACGUCCAGGCAGCUAACUACGGACGGCUGGACAAGGAGACGUGCGGUUACCAUGACAACGAUCAAUGUCGGGCAACACGAGCUGUAGACAUCGUCAGAAAUCAUUGUAACGGACAACGAAAAUGUGACGUCAGAGCUCAUAAUGGAGUGUUUGGUGACCCAUGCCGAGGCGUUCCGAAGUAUCUGGAAGUAGUUUACGACUGUGUGAGUCCAGGCAUGAAGUCUGCGAUCGUGUGUGAGAAUCAGAAGUCUACUAUCCGCUGUCUACCAGGACAUAAACUGGCACUGCAAGGUGUUGACUACGGCCGCCAUGACGAAAUCACUUGCCCAAGUCCUGCCAUGUACAAUUUGACAUGCCACAGUAAUAUAGCUAUGAAGAGAUUACUCCAUUGUAAUGGAAAAGAAUCGUGCAAUCUGGUGGCGAAAAAUUCUGUGUUCGGAAACCCUUGUAUGGGUACCUACAAAUACAUGGAAGUCAGAUAUAGAUGUGAAAAGACAAAGAUCAUUGUAUGCGAGAGCCACAACACCAAGUACAAGGAGUGUGAGUUUGGUGGAUCGUUUGACACUAUUUCGCUGAUACAACAGAAGUCCCAGGCCAACUGUAUACACGGCCUUAGGUUUGGUAUCAAUGGUAACAGUGUGUGGGUGGACCAAGCCUGCCAGGGCACGUUCCGUCUCUCCAAGACUGUCUGCGACGAUGAUUAAGUUAUUUUCAACACCUCCAGGAAUGGGAAUAUAUCCUAAUAUCUAUCCACCUACCAAUUAACAUGUACGCAAACGUUUCUCUCGCUAGAAUCCUUUGCGAUUUAAUCCUGAUAUCACAGCGUCCACAAAGAGAACUAUGUUUUACUUUUUAAAUUAAUGUUUAUAUUUGCUAAUGGAAAGUAAUAAAUACAACU